AUGCGCAGUUCUAACGGCUGGGCCGAAGCUGAAGAAAUGCAGUGCACAUUCCGAAUAUUGGAGCUGCUUUACAUGGUGUGGACUGCGCUUCUCGGACUAAGCUUCUUCAUGACUCCACUGAAUAUAGAAGUUCCACUCACUAAUCUUGUGGAUGGACCAUUUUCUUUAUUAAAUGAAUCGCAAGUGGUCAAUCCACUGAAAGAAUUAAGCUCGAUGGGAAAAGCUCAGCCAAUCAUUCACAUAGUCCUCGGUCGGCUUGAACAUAGCAGAAGCGGCCAAGCACUGAGAUUUUCCUAA